CCCACUUCUGACCGCAAAGCGCUAUCGGAUGGGGAGAGGGCCUCCGGUGAUGUUGUGAAGGGUUUGCGACUGUUGCUAGGUCAGAGUGAUGGUUCCCACCACCCAGACACCCUACACUCUGAUUGGCUUGCGAAGUGCCACCGUCAACCAAUAAAAUCUCAAUGCGUUCGAAAUGAGACAUUUACAAUUUAACAUCAUACUUCCUUUAUUGUAGCACAAACAUGCAUAUCGUAAUGUAAAUAAAAUGCUCUAGCUAUUGAGACUGCAAUUUUAGCGGGUUAUCUCCGUUUCGACAAACUCGUUUGCGCUACUGUCUAUGCGACGGUAGGCAAGCGAUGCGGGGAUUAGGGGCGGAGUAUCGGUAACGUUACCGGGUGGCAAUGGCGGACGGUCUGGCGGAGGGCACUGGAGAGAGAGCUCGAGACAGUGGAACGAUGGAAUCAUUGUUGUCACCCAGCUUGUAGGCAACGACGCAACCGGCGAGUCUCGCACAUCGGGACCAACAAGACCAUGAGGAUUGCCGGUCCUGGGACGAUGGGUUCCCUCUCUGCUUGACCCGCUCUGACCAGGACGGUGUGUGUGUGUGUGUCAGCGUCACGGUGUGUGUGUGUGCAGCGGGGGUCAUGGAGUACCACAGUGGUAGCCUGCCCCUGCUUGGGAGACCCCGUUACUGCCCCGGCAGUGCCACGGGAGGCUACCUGUGUGAGACUGGACACUGCUGCGGAGACACUGGCUGCUGUACCUACUACUAUGAGCUGUGGUGGUUCUGGCUGCUGUGGACGGUACUGAUCCUGUUCAGCUGCUGCUGUGCGUAUCGUCACCGCCGGGCCAAGCUGAGGGGCCAGCAGGAGCAGAGAGACACCAGCCUGCUGGCCUGCCACGGCCCCGCCCUCUACUCCUCCUCCAUGCUGGACCUCAGUUUCCUGGCCUCUCUGAAGCUGCCCACCUAUGAGGAGGUGGCAGCCCAGCCCAGCACCCCCCCGCCUCCCUACAGCGCCGUGUUCGCCUCCCAGGGGGGCGCUGCUCGCUUCCCCCAGCCCCCGCGCCACCCUGGCCCCCACCCUGGCCCCCACCCUGGCCCCAGCGAUGGCCCCUCCUCCUUCAGCUCUGACAACAGCUCCAGCUGCUCCUGCGACUCCUGCUGCCCCUCCUCCCCCUGUAGCUCCUCCCUCUCCGCCCCUGUCACCUACGAGACGGACACAAGCCACGCCUCCACUCCCAGCGAUGCCACUCCCCUGCCGCUUGAAGCUGUCAUGGAGACCGCCAUCACAGUGACCACUGAGAUGGACCCGGACGCCAACAGCAGCAUGACCGUUGCCGAGGUAACUGUUGCUACAGUGGCCGGUGAUGUUGACCUGCCAAGGGAUGCUAUUCAGGAUGCAACCAUGGUAACUGUCACCAUAACAGAGGUUACCAUGACGGAUGCUGUGGCUGUGAUGACCAGUGCGCCUGAAAAGACUAUGGCUGCACACCCAAGCAUGGCUGCCUCCCCUGCCUCCUCCAUGCAGGACCCCCCACACUCCCCCACCUCCUGCCCUAGCAACCCUGCCCCCCCAGACCAAGCAGCCCCCACCUUCGCCCCUGUGUCUCAGCUGACUCUCUCACCUGACCCAACCCCAGCCUCAACCCCAGCCUCAAUCCCAGCCUCAGCCUCAACCCCAGCUUCAGCUCCAGCCCCAGUCUUGAUCCAAACACCAGCACCAAACAAACCGCAAGAACCAGCGCUUGAAGAGCAUCCUAACAUGGCACCAAAUACACCAGCCCCAGCCUCAGCCCCAGCCUCAGCCCCAUCCCCAGCCUCAGCUUUAGCCUCAGCUUUAGCCCCAGUCCCAGCUCCAGCCUCAACCCCAGCCCCAGCCCUCUCUUUGUUGACCCCCCUGGUCCCCCUGACAGAAGCCCCCCCCCCCUCCCCCCGGGCCUCGGUCUCCCCCCCCAAGCAGACUCUGUUCUCCCCCUGCGUGGACGUGUACGAGGCCGCCCCCCCCACCUGGGAGGGGGAGGAGGGGGAGGAGGACGUGGGGGCAGAUGAGAGCCAGUACCGCCACAGACGACUGACCGGAGACUCCGGCAUCGAGGUGUGUCGCUGUCAGGUGGAGAGGGAGGAGGAGGAGGAGGAGGAGGAGGAGGGGGAGGGGGAGGAGGAGGAGGGGGGAGGCAGGAGAGGGGGAGGUGAUGGAGGAGGGAGUGAGGUCAUUCAGGUACAUGACAGUGUUGACUGUCUAAUCGCUAGGGGUCAGGGGUCAGGGGUGGGGCUAACCCUCUGUAGCCCCGCCCCUACCACACCAGUGGGUGAGGAGGGUGCUGUGGUGGUUGUUGUGGAGACUGUGUGACUGACAGGUGGACUGGUCCUCUUGUAAGAGUUCAGGGUGAGCUGGUGCCAGGGAGGGCAGCUGUGUGUGAGCUGCACAUCUCCUGGGGAACGAUGAACACCCAGAGGAGCCCCAUCUGUCUAGGGUGUGUGAGUGCGUGUGUGUGUGUGUGUGUGUGUGUGUGGGGAGAGGGAGAGAGAGAGAGAGUUUGUGAGUUACACAACCAGCUAAACAAAGAGUCUAAACACAUUAACACAGAACAGAAGAUGUGAAAAUGCCAAAUUCUCUCUUAAUGCCCCCGCCCUCGCCCCCCUCCCCCUAACAACAACAGCUGCUGUGUGACAUCAUCUGCUCAUCUCUCCUACUGAAACCUCACACACACCAGCCAGCCUCUACACACACACACACACACACACACUGAGAUGAGCAAGCAAGACUGUAGAUUUAGGUGGUGUGCGUAUAUGUGUGUGUGUGAGGGCUCCUUUAAACUAGGUCCUAUGGCAGGUUAACUGCAUAACUAACCCAGCUGGCUCUGGCCAAGCACAAGUUCUAGAAACAGCAGGAGAAGUCCUUCACUGCUUGAGAAGGUCCAGAUGGCUCCAGGGUUCUAGAGUUCUAGAGUUCUGAAGGGGGUUCUAGAAUUCUGAAGGGGGUUCCAGAGUUCCGAAGGGGGUUCCAGAGUUCUGAAGGGAGUGAGAGGGUAUAGAGUUCUGAAGAGAACAGGUUGUUUAUGAGAUGACUGUCCAGCAGGUGCUGUAUGUCACACACCUCUGUCACAAGAAUGUGUGUGUGUGUGUGUGUGUGUGUGUGUGUGUGUGUGCGUGAGUAAUAUACAUGUAUGUACAUGAACAUGUGUAGUCAUGAAUGUUCCAUACCUUUGGAUAUUGUUGGAAUACAGAUAUUAUACUGGUGAUGUUUAUAAGUAAGGCCCAUGUGGAGGUGUACUUAGUGGGACUGAUUGCAGAGUGUAGUACAUUAGGGAGCAGGAUGUAGGAGCUAGGGAGCAGGGUGUAGGGGCUAGGGAGCAGGAUGUAGGGGCUAG